AUGCUUCCGGUCCGACCUCUUUUCCCUUCCGGCUUGGGUCUUUUUCUCUUUUAGCGGUGCACGUGCAAAGAUACAUCUGUUUUUUACCUGAAAGUAUUUUGUUAAACAUCUGGAGAGAUGGCUUCGUCGUUCGAGCAGAUGAGGGCGACAGUAGGGAGACUCUUACGGGGGAUCGACAGGUACAACCCAGAAAACCUCGUCACACUGGAGCAGUACGUGGACACGCAGGCCAGGGAGAACGCCUACGACCUGGAGGCCAACCUGGCCGUGCUGAAGCUGUACCAGUUCAACCCAGCUUACUUCCAGACUCCGGUGACCGCGCAGAUUCUGCUCAAGGCGCUCACCAACCUGCCGCACACAGACUUCACUCUCUGCAAGUGCAUGAUCGACCAGACACACCAGCAAGAGGAGCGCCCCAUCAGGCAGAUCCUCUACCUGGGGAACCUGCUGGAGACCUGCCACUUCCAGAGCUUUUGGACGAGUCUGGAGGAGAACCGGGAGCUCAUUGACGGCAUCGCCGGUUUCGAGGACUCCGUUCGCAAGUUCAUCUGCCAUGUGGUGGGCAUCACCUACCAGACCAUUGACCACCGGUUACUGGCUGAGAUGCUGGGAGACCCGCUGGACACGCAGGUGAAGGUGUGGAUGAACAAAUACGGCUGGACGGAGAACGAGGACGGGCAGAUCUUCAUCUACAACCAGGAGGAGAGCAUCAAGCCCAAGAACAUUGUGGAGAAGAUCGACUUUGAGAGUGUUUCCAGCAUCAUGGCCACAUCUCAGUGAGAAAAACAGCUUAAUAAAACAUCACACUCCUCCGUUUGAUCCCGAGGGGUCGCCUCUUCUCUGACCUGAUCGGGUUUUUGCUGACUUGACGGCAUCAGAAUCCGGAAGUGGCUGUGAUGAGAAGCCCCGCCCCCUCACGUGAAGGUGUUGGAAAUGAUCCCAAAUGAUUUCGUUUGAGCUCUGUACAUAUUCCAACAGAGCAGUGGGACUUCAUGAAGUGAAUUAUGGAAAACCGGUGUGGGAUUUAGGUGAGGAUCUGCUCAGGCUUUCCUGUUUUUAUCAAAAUAAAAGCCUGUCAAUGGUCA